AUGCCGCCGCAAUCCACGGCGCAACACGCGGCGGUGCACCGGCGAUCUGGCGACGACGGUGGCAGGUUGGCGCCGGUGGCGGGGCAGGGCGCGCCGGCGGCGGGGCAGGGCUUGGCGGGUUCAAUGUAUUCGGUCGCGUCGGGGUUGCAUCAUGGGAAUACUACUAGCAAGCCUGGGGCGUCAAGCGAUCUGCGUGAUCAUAAUAUCCAUAUGAUGUCAUCGUUUCCCACCCCGUCAUACGCGCUCUCCUCUGCACAUCUGGCGCACACCACCAUGCGCCCGCCUGCUGAAUCCGCAGCUCGGCGCCACAUCAUGAUGGAAGCCUCCGCGCUACACACACCCCCGCAGGCGCAUUCCCCGCUACAGCACUCCCCGCUACAGCAUUCGUCCACAAUUCUGCAUCACGAAUCGGAGUUUCGAGUAGACGGGAUGUCUGCUCACGGAAUGCUGAUGCAGGAUAUCCCUCCUCCUCACCCCUCCUACACUCACACCGCCUAUGCUGACUCCCCGUAUGGCACGGGUGACCGUGAUUAUACCAGUGGUGACAGUAGCAGGAGCUUCCAGAAUAGAAAUGGCUUGACAGACGGUGGUGCGGGGGAAGGGGCAGGGGGGUUUAGAACGGGGGGUAUUGACGGCACUGGCAGCAUAAGGAUCCCUAGAGGCGAGGGGGGCAGCAGGGAUACUGCUGCCUGUUAUGCUGCCGGUGUAACGGUCUCGGGAGGGGGUGGUAACCGGCGUAACGGAGCUCUGUUGUCUUUUGUUUCGCCACCUCCUCCUGGUGCAACGUCCAUGAUGGGCGGAGGGGUGCAACCGCUGCCGUUUGUGCAUGCCAAUUCCCAUGAACACUCACCGCAGCAGCAGUAUCAACAGCAGCAGCAGCAGCAGCUUUUGCUGGGUCAGCUGCUGGGACAGCAGCAGCAGCAGCAGCAGCAGCAGCAGCAGCAGCAGCAGCAGCAGCAGCAGCAGCAGCAGCAGCAGCAGCAGUAUCACUACCAGCAGCAGCAACACCAGCAGCAACACGAGCGGCAACGCGAGCAGCAACAGCUGCAGCAGCACCAGCAGCACCGCCAGGGGCAGCAAAGGCAGCAGCAGCAACAGUUCCAGUUCUCCCCAGAUGCCACCUCCCCUGGAUGGGGCCGUUCCCCUUCUGCUGUAGACCUCGCCUCUGCUGCUGCUGUCUCUGCUGCUGUCGCCUGUGCUGCACUCUCUGCUGCCAGCGACGACAGUAACAAUCACAACCGUACACGUGUCAUGCAUCUAGACAGGGACUACGGGGGUGGUAUGAGCGGCGGCGAUGGUAACCAGAGCCAUGCUGGCAAUCGUAGGGCCAACACCCCGUCGCCGCCGCCCCUCUCUUGCUCUGUAAUGGGCGAUUCUCUGCUGGGAGAACGCGUUCGGGUAGUGCUAGCCGGAGGGGAAGGAGGAAGAGGGGUUGGUGGUCGUGGGUUGGAGAGUAACGGCGUUGGUGGGGGUGCGAAUGGUGUGGUAGGUAGGGGAGGAGGAGGGGGAGGAGGAGGAGGAGGGGAGGAAGGGGGAGGGGGAGGAGGAGGAGGAGGAGGGGGUGGUGGUCGGAGUGCAAUGGGGGCCAUGCUGUACCAUGGUCAUGUGUUGCUCAACUCCCGAGGGUUCCCACUGCGACCUGUAAGUGCUCCUCUUUGGGGCAUCUGCAAGUUUGGCAGCACGUGCAAGUUCAACCAUCCAGAGCUGGCGCACAUGGCCCCCCACAUUGGCCCGCCACGCUUCACCUCUCUGCACCGAGCUGACUGUCAUCCUGAGGGCACCCCCUCGACUAACCGUCCCUCCUCUCCUCCUCCUGCCCUUUCUGCCGCUCUUCUUCCCGCCCGCCCUACCUUCCCCCCUACUUCCCGCCCUACCUUCCCCCAUUCUUCCCUUACUCCCUCCCUCCCCUUUCCCAAGCAGCAGCAGGAUCUAACAGACGCCUGGCUGUUACCAGCAGGGCCUCGCAUGCACCCCUUCUCGCCACACCCCUUUCGAGAGAUCUUCCUUCCCCUCCCCCUUGUCUGCGUUGUGACUUUUCUCUCUCCCUUCCCCUCCCCCGUCCCCUCCCCCUCCCUUCCCCCUCCCCUUCCCUUCCCCUCCCCCUCCCCCCCUUCUCCCUCCCCCCUCCCCUUCCCUGCCCUUUCCCCUCCCCUACUCUCUCACCCCCCCAACAGUUCAAGUUCUGAGCAGACUACAAGGUCCGCCAUCCCCGCGUGCGCCCAAAACCCUUACCCCUCAACUCAAUCCCCAACGCCCCACCAAGCCCUCGUCGCGCCUCCCCCGUUCUUCCCUCACAUACACGCCCUCCUCCCCCCUUUUCCCCCCAUCAUCAGCCAGUGCAAGUUCGGAGCAGACUGCAAGUUCCACCACCCCCGCAUGCGCCUCCCCUCCCCUUCUCUCGCGGCUGCCGCUGCUGCUGGGGGGGGAGCAGGGGGCGCAGGGCCAGGCGCAGGGGGAGGCGGGGGGAUUGGAGGAGGGGGAGAAGGCGGGGGAACUGGUGGUGGUCCUGGGGUGGUGCAGUCUAGGAGUGGAGGGGGAGGGGGUGUAGGAGGUGGGAUGGGGGGAGGUUUGGGAGGAGUGGGAGGAGGAGGAAUGGGUGGGGGUAUGGGUAUGGGUGUGCGGCUAACAGCAGCAGGGUUGCCAAGACGAGAGACGGGCACGUGUCGCUACGGAGCCACAUGCAAGUUCGACCAUCCCCCGCCAGCAGAGGCUGCUGCACGCGUCGCUAUGGUGUCAAUCUCUUAG